UGCAGCGAAACCUCAAAGAAGUUGGUCCUUUUAGUAAGCGCUUAAAACAUAAUAUAUAAAUAUCAGGAUGUACAAAAUCCUUGUCCUUAUUUUACUUUUGGUUCCAACAGCAGCUCCAAAAGGCUCUCAUUCUUUUUGUUUGCUUGCAACUUACAUUAAAGGACAAACACCAUUUCCUCAGUUUAGUUACGUGUUGAUGCUAGAUGACGUGAGACUUCUGUAUUACAAUGGUGAGACAAAGACGUACUUUCAAAGAGGAAAUACAACCAGUGAAGAUACUGUCUUUGAUCCUAAGAUUUUAGUUACCAUAAGUGACAAUAUAGAAGCAUCUUUUCAGAACAGAUGGGCAAUUGCAAUAAAUACCCAAAAUCAAACUAACGUUAAAGGUCCUCUAACAUUUCAAAGACUGUUCUUGUGUGAGCUGAAAGAUGGCGAACCGGGACAAAUGAUCACACAAGAUGCUGUCCAAGGCUUCACCACAGAUGAGCUGCGAUAUAUUGAAAAGAAAUUUUCAUAUCGUGGUACUUUAAAUAUGACAGCCCAGUUGCUGAAACUUCAUCUUGACAUCUCUCUGUGGCGUCAUGAAAAUUUAUACUACCCAAACUGCAUAAAAACUCUCAAGGCUUAUCUUGAAACAAGGAGAAAUCAAGUUAAUAGAAAAGUGAAACCCAGAGUCAGGCUCAUCCAGACAGAUCUUUCUUCUGGGUCUCGGGUGAUGUGUCUGGCCACAGGAUUUUACCCUCGUCACAUCAACCUGACCCUGUUCAGAGAUGGACAGCCUGUAUCUGAUGAUGAGAUCACUGGAGGAGAUCUGCUGCCCAAUGAUGAUGGGACGUACCAGAUGAGGAAGAUUCUGGAGAUCAGUGAAGAAGAACAGAGAGAGAAACACAAAUACACCUGCACAGCCACACAUCUCAGUCUGGACAACAAACUAGAUGUUAAUUUGGAGCAUGAUGGGACACCAUUAAAACCAGUGCUUUUCACAUUUCUAUCAGUUUUGGUAUUUGGUAUUCUUAUGAUUGUGGUUGCAGUUAUUGUAUGGAGAAAUUGGAAGAAAGAAGAUUCUUCUACAAAUGAUUGUUCGUAUGCUAUUAGUUCUCAUUCUUUGUUGAUGCUUACAACUUACAUUAAAGGGCAAACACCGUUUCCUCAGUUUGGUUACGUAUUUAUGUUGGAUGAUGUUAGAGUUUUGUAUUAUGAUGGUGAGACAAGGACCUUCAUCAGAAGAGGAAACACAACAAAUGAAGAUGCAGUGUUUGAUUCUGCUGUUCUUCUUACCAUAAAUGAUCAUAUAGAAACAUCCUUCAAGGAAAAAUCUGCAGUUGCAGCUCAAAACUUAAAUAAAACAGAUGGUCUUAUCUUUCAAAAGCUGGUUUUGUGCGAGCUGAAGGAUAAUGGCGAACCAGGACAGAUGAUCACACGGUAUGCUUUUCAAGGUUCCACCUUAGAUGAGCUGCAGUACCUUGACAAGAGGUUUACAUACGAUGGUACUACAAAUGACACAGUUCAGGUGCUAAAAAUGCAUCUUGACAUCUCAAAGUGGCGUCAUGAAAAUGUGUACUACCCAGUUUGCAUAAAAAUACUUAAGGGUUACCUGAAAACAAGAGGAAACCAAGUAAAUCGAAAAGUGAAACCCAAAGUCAGGCUCCUCAAAACAGAUCUUUCUUCUGGGUCUCGGGUGAUGUGUCUGGCAACAGGAUUUUACCCUCGACACAUCAACCUGACCCUGUUCAGAGAUGGACAGCCUGUAUCUGAUGAUAAGAUCACUGGAGGUGAUCUGCUUCCCAAUGAUGAUGGGACGUACCAGAUGAGGAAGAGUCUGAAGAUCAGUGAAGAAGAAAAAAAAGAGAAACACAAAUACACCUGCACUGCCACACAUCUCAGUCUGGACAACAAACUGGAUGUUAAACUGGAAUAUGAACAUGGGACAGCAUUAAAGUCAGUGCUUGGCUCAGUGCUACCAAUUUUGGUAUUGGUGACUGUGGCUGCUGUAGUUAUAUGGCGAGUGCGAAAAGCAGCUUCUAAAAGUGAAUAUUCUUCUGCAUCUAUAUCUGAAGAAAGUGUGGACACAGGAUCAAAAAGUCUGUGUAAUUUGAAUCUGCAGGAAUGAGGCCGAGAAACGUCUUCAAACAACGAUCAGUAAAUUAAAGAGUAAACAGAUCAAGUUCAACUAACGAAAUACAACAAUUCAGGGAACACAUAUGCAGCAAUAGUCUUUAAGUAUAAACUUUAGAUAGUUUACACCAGGGGUUUUCAAACUUUUUUGUCAGCCGAACCCACUUGUCCUAAAUUAUUUACCUAAAAUACCCCCUGAUAUUUUAAGUAUUCUAUAGCACAUUUGCAUGUUUUACAUCAAAAACAUUUAUUUUUAAUUCGUUUUUAAGCUUUAUCAGUAUUAUUUUACAUAGUUAUUGUUAUUAUUACCAGGCUGUUAGUGGACCUUUAUCUGGUCAUUUUCAUUAAUUGGCACAUAAAACGCAUUUGUCCAUUUUGCAUGAGCUCUCAGUUUUCAGAUUUAUUGUGAUAAAUUUAUUUUAGCACCGUUCAAGUUCAAACCUGUGCCCAACGUUUUGCAAUGGUUUCCAGGUUGAACGACAGGGUUUGAGAUUUGUUCUCUUGUUUGAUGGGUGUGUCAGUCCAAUCAGCAGCAACAUGUAAAUAAACCACGCAGUACUAAAGAGACAGCUUGCAAAAUAGUUUUUAUUUUUUUUUUUAUUUGUUGAAUGUUCUCUUUCAUUCUGGAUGGCAAGAGCAGUGCCUGUAACAUUGAGUGUAUUUUACAGCAGUGGUUCCCAAACUUUUUCAGCGUGCGUCCCCCCUUGUGUACAGUGCAUUUUUUUCGCGGCCCCUCGAAAGAAAAUUUAUGAUAAAAUGUAAUAUUUUAAUUAAACAAAACAUGUAAAAUUAUACCUAGUAGUGCUGUUGGUUAGUUGGCUUAUUAUUUUUUAGGUUUAAUUACACAGAAUUCAUAAUAAAUGAAUUUAUUUUAUAAAAUGCCAUAAACUGGGGCCCCCCUGGCACCAUCUUGCGGCCCCCAGUUUGAAAACCACUGUUUUACAGUAUUAAACACAUAUUUAUAAAGAUUUCAUUAGGCUCCGGAAACAUUUCAAAAAAGAUUGCAGCGAUUCGUAAAUAGCAACAUGACCCAACUUCAACGAUCCAAUCAAUUCUUGAGGGAUGAGUUCAAUUCCAGCACUGCCUUUUUUUAUUUCAGAAGAAUAUACUUCAUCAUGGGAAAAUAAGACAAUCGGUAUUUCUGUUUCAUGGCAACUUUAACCAAGCUUACCAUGGGUGGAAAACUGAUCAAAAGAUAAGAAAAAUCUCUAGAACGAGACACAACUGAUUUUAAAAUGCUGUAUUAUUAUUCUACAAAUAAACAUGGGUUGAGAUGUCCGAAUGCUUUCAAAUUUGUAUUAUAUUUUUACUGCCGUACAUUGUUAUUUGCACUAAAUAUAUGUGGUCAGUGGGGAAUAACCUUAUGUGGACAGGUAUCAGGGCACUUGUGACGUUUAACGUGCAGUAAUUAACAGUAUUCAUAUUUUUGUAUGUAGUUUGUUAGUUUUGUAAUAUUUCACAAUCACUACAAUAAAUUCCUUUUCAGCACCU